AUGUCUCACGAUACUGCUGCUGCCCCCCGCGCAGCCGAAAUGAGUCAAUAUGCUCGCGCUGACGAGAACCACGCCGACUCAAUUGUGAAUGAAGAUGAUCGCGAACUGCUGAAGUUGGGCUAUCGCGCUGUUCUGGCGCGUGGUUGGGGAACUUUCGAUAACUUCGCAUGCUCUUUCUCUGCUUUGUAUUGCAUUGGAGGAAUUCGUGUGCUGUUCUAUAUCGCUAUCAGUGGAGGGGGGCCUGCGGCUAUGUGGAGCUCCUGGAUCUCAGGUAGCAUUCUUUCGAUCAUCACCGCCGCUUGUCUCGCCGAAGCUUGUUCCAGCUACCCUGCCGCGGGGUCAAUCUACUACUGGGCAUUCCGAUCUUGGGGAGGUGGACGUGUUGGGCGCUUCGUUUCGUUCCUCGUGGCGGCAUGGACAUUGGUCGCGUGGACGGCUUUUCUUGCAUCGGAUACCUUUGGUGUUGCGAAUUAUCUCGUGUCGGAAAUAGUCGUGUUCAAUCCUUCGACAAGCUUCCCAUACGAUACCUCCGACGUGCGUGCACGGGCCAUUGCUUGGGCAUUCUCGUUGUGUUUCCUGGGAAUCGCAACUUGCUUGAACUUCCUUCCGUCGCGCAUGUACUCCUGGGUAUUCCGUACAGGCGUUAUCAUCAUCGUCAUUGACAUGCUGCUCAACUUUAUCUGGCUCCCCAUUGGCGUUUCGCAAACCUAUGGAUUCCAAACCGCCGAGUAUGUGUUUACGUCGACAUACAAUGGUGGAGACACAACACCAAGUCUGAACUGGGUUCUAUCUUGGUUCAUGACUGCUAGUUGCCUGGUGGGCGAGGAUGCGUCUGGCCACGUUGCUGAGGAGACUGUUUCGGCUAAGAAGGCAGCUGCCAAGGGUGUUUUUUGGGCCACGGUCGCGUCGGCGAUUUGCGGUUUACCUAUCAUCAUUUUGUUCCUGUUCUGCAUGCCACCUAUUGAUGUCUUCUACGACACCAAUGCUCCCCAGCCAUUUAUCAACAUGUAUGCUUUGGCGCUGGGUCCUCGUGCUCACGUCGUCAUGACUAUCGUAUCGAUGGUCGGUGCCAUUCUCAAUACAUCAAUCUCGCUGGUAGCUGCCUCACGACUGGUCUUUGCUGUGGCGCGCGAUGGAAUUUUCCCAUUCAGCCAUGUCCUGUCUCGGGUCUCGAAGUCGAAGCAGCCCCACAAUGCUGUGAUCUUCAUUUCAACCAUUGCUGCUCUCCUUCUUUGCACGCAGCUCCCGUCUCAAGUCGCCUUUUCCAGCUUGAUCUCCACAUCCGCCGCAGGCUCCAUUGCAGCAUAUGGGCUCGUUGGUCUUGGUCGUACUUUUAUCACCCGCAAGUCCUUCCAGCCAGGAUUCUGGGAUAUGGGCAGAUUCGGUCUGAUCGCUGCCAUUGUCACCUUUGUUUGGAAUGGCUUCGCUUUCGCAGUCCUGUGUGCUCCGGAGUAUGCCGACAGCCAGAUUGACAGGGACUCGAGUCUAUUCAACUAUGCGAUCGUUAUCAUGGGCGGUGUCACCAUCAUCGCUCUCGCAGAAUGGUGGCGCAAGUCUAAGGACGAUUGGUUCCAACAUCUUGAGACAUCCGACUCGGCGUCAGAGACUGAUGGUUCCGUCAAGCGCGAGACAAAAGAACCCACCGCAAAUGCUAUGAUGGCAGUUUGA